CUGCCCGCACUGCGUGACUUCAAAAUUCAAGACAACGCUCGCCUCAAGCACCUCCCGCCGUCCCUCUCUGCCAGCAGCACGCUCGAGCGCCUCUCUCUCCACGACUGCCAAGCGCUCUCAGCCCUGCCGGACGCCCUCGGCCACAUCCCCACCCUCGAAAGCAUCGACCUCAGCUUUCUCGACGCCCUCAGCGCGCUUCCCGACUCCCUGGGAUGCUUGUCGCAGCUGCGCGAGCUGAAGGUCGUCCACUGCCGCCGCCUUGUGGCUCUCCCGCGCUCGGUCUCCGCCCUCACGUCCCUCGCCCGCCUUACACUCGAUGGCUGUGCCGCGUGUGCGCUGCCCGAGGAUUAUGGGCAGCUGUCGAAUCUGCUCUUCAACUGCGCCAUGCCGAACCUGCCGGAGAGGUUCGGGCAGCUGCCAAAACUAGAGAUUCUCAAGGUGGGGAGCAGGGAGAGUUACACGAGGAACGGCGCGGAUUCAGAGCAGCCCGCGUCACCUGCGUGCCCCACGGGGCCCUCACCGGCCACGCUGAAUGAACCGCUCUUGGGGCGCUGCCUGCUGCGCAGCUUCCCGGCGUCUUUCUCCCAGCUCACGUGUCUGCAGCAGCUGCUCAUGGACGGGUGUGACGAGCUGGACAUCCUGCCACAGGGGUUGGCCCUCCUGGCUGGGCUGCAAGUGCUGCGCGUCAAGAACUGCCCGCAGCUAAGCUGCUUCCCCUCCCUCCUGCCCGCUCCUCCUCCCACCUCCACCUCCACACCUGGGGGGCGUGCCGCCUCUGCUGCCCCUGCUGCCGCUGUGCCUGCCCCUGGUGCUCCGUCUUGCCCCUCUACUUGCCCUGCCGCUCGUCCCUCUCCGCUCCCAAUGCUUCACACCCUGGAGAUCGCCAACUGCCCUCGCCUCACAAGCCUGCCGGACGGCCUGCAUGAGCUGCCCAGGCUGGAGCGCAUCACGCUGGACGACUGCAUUGCCCUCGGCUCUGCUCAUGACUGGCUCUCGCUCACCGUACCACUCACCCUCCCCCACUCCAUCACCACCAUCUCCCUCUCAAGCGUCUUUCUCGAGUCCCUCUACCUCCCACCCUCCUUCCUCUCCCUCACGCGCCUCACCCAUCUCAACCUUCACGAACUCCUCGGUCUCCAGGCGCUCUUUGCUCCUCCCAACGGCGCCCCACCGGAGGACCUACUGGGCGACUGCGAGGCGGGUACGGACACCCAUCCCAUCUUUGGCUUUCGCAUCGAUCCCCACCCCGGUCCCCGUGCCAGCCUAGCGCUCCUCUCGUCCCUGCAGCACCUUGCCGUGGUGCAAUCUGGCCUGCCCUCACUGCCCAGCAACCUGCGCGAGCUGGGAAGCCUCAAAGCACUCAUUGUCGAGGACUUCUCCGUCAUGACCUCCCUCCCCGCGUCCCUAGCCCACCUCUCCAGCCUUGAAAAACUCGUGUUGAAAGCCCUCCCGCAGCUGGCACGCCUGCCCGAGAAUCUCACGCAGCUGAAGGCCCUGAAAGAGUUCACUGUGGAGUUUUGUGACGCGCUGGUGGGACUGCCUGCAUCUAUCGGCCUCCUCUCCUCCCUCAUCCUCCUCUCCGUCGCCGACUGCAAGAGUUUCGCCUCUCUCCCCGACUCCAUCGGCUCCCUCCCCCGCCUCGCCUCCCUCAAGCUCAACUGUCUCCCCCGCCUGCGCCGCCUGCCAGACUCCCUCUCCCUCCUCCCCACCUUGGUGAUUCUUUCACUGGAAGACUGUGAGGAGCUGCGGGCGCUGCCGGAGGGGCUGGGAGGUGUGGGUAGGUUGAGGGAGGUGAUAGUGGCGGGGUGCUGCGAGCUCAGCUAUGUGCCUCAGUCGCUGCUGGCGAGGCAGAAUGUGAUCGACCUGCAGGGCCUUCGGUGA